GUUUUUUUUGUUUAAAAAAGAUAGGUUCCAAUAAAAGGCAGAAUAAACAAUUAAACUACUGUUUAAUUACAACUUCAAAAUUACGGACAUUAUACUUGUCAAUCAAUAAUGAACAUGACCAACCAAUCCGAUAUUAGUUGUCAAUAUAAACCAAUAAUGGAUCAGGGAUAGAUUAUAUAUAUAGUAAAUGUAAAUAAUUAAUCUCAAGUGAAACAUUUUACUCAUAUUGUUAAUAAUUUAAAUUCAUUAAUCUAUUUGUAAUGGCAAGAGUUAGCAACGGUUUACAAAUUCCCUUAUCAUGGAUUCCAGCCAAAGAUGGUAUACUUCCAAAGAAUGCUGUUAAAGCAGAUGAAGCAAUUUAUGUGGCUCGUUGUCAAAUGGAUGAUGAUUUAAUUUGUGGCAAAUUUUCAGAGAAAUAUGGAAAAGCAUAUAUUCCACUUGACGGUAAAGAGUUGGAAUUCACAAACUAUGAAGUAUUAUGUAAUACUGGUAUUCCUGGUUGUCGAGUAGGAUAUGAAUGGAUAAUGAUGAAUGGAGGUGAUGUACCAGAAAAUGCGUUAGUUGCUGGAAUAAAUAAAUUCGGUACACCAUUGUACAUUGUAAAAGCAGUAAUUGAAGGUGAAGUAUCUGUUGGGAAAUUAAUUCAAGGUGAAAGCUCGGGAUGUUUUCCAUGGGGUGGAGAUGAGCGUAAAUGUGAAUAUUAUGAAGUACUUACUUUGAAAUAUUGAAAAAUAAACGUUACAUUUGUUUAUUUACUAAAAAAAUUGUUUUAACAAAGAAAUGUAUUUAAUUUAAAAAUUGAUCCUUAUGAAUUUGGCAAUAAUUAAUUAUUUAUUAUCAUUACAAC